ACGCACGCGAUGACGAACGUGGCGUGGAGCAAGGAGCUGCGCGCGUGGUACGCGGCGAACAGCCACAAGGGGCUGGUGUUCACCAACCUCAACACGCUGCACGGCACCGUCGUGCUCACGGGGCAGCAGGUGCUGACGAACGACGCUCGCAACGACCCCAGGUCGAGAGGAGUCCCUCCAGGCCACCCUUUGAUCGACAAGUUCAUGGGCAUCCCCCUCUACACCGGCACCGAGCUCAUCGGCGUCUUUGCCGUCGCCAACCGGGCGGCGGGGUAUGACGAGCAGCUCGUGAAGGAGAUCGAGCCGCUCACCAUGACCAUCGCCCAGAUGAUCUAUGCCGUGAAUGAGCGGAAGAGGAGGAAGGAGGCGGAGCUUCACUUGUCGAGCGUAGUGCAGGUGGCAAAGGAGGGAAUCAUGUCCCUGGCCCACAGCGGCCAUGUGACGUCAAUGAACCUCUCAGCGCGGCAGAUGUUUGGCUUCGCGCAGCCGGGGGACGCGCCCCUGCCGGGCAGCAUGCGCGAGGGCGUGGCGGCGCCCGCCAACCUGCAGCUCAAGGACCUGCUCGUGGAGAUCGAUGGGCACCGCGACAUGCUCACUGCUGGAGGGCUGGACCACGCGUCAGGGCAGGUGCACAAGGGCACGGGGUUCCGCACGGACGGCAGCACGUUCCCCCUCGAGAUCUCGCUGUCCAAGGGCAACUACGACACCGUCUUCUAUGUCGCCGUGCUCAGAGACAUCUCCGAACGACUCGAGGCGGAGAAGAAGCUCAAGGAGAGCGAGGAGCGGUGGCUGUAUGCGCUGUCGGGCAGUGAUGACGGCGUGUGGGACUGGAACGUGCGCGACAACACCAUGUUCUUCUCCGACCGCUGGAAGCAGAUGCUCGGCUACGAGCCGGGCGACAUUGGUUCGACGCUAGACGACUGGGAGCGGCUGCUCCACCCGGAGGACAAGGACCGCGCGUACGCGGACCUGAAGGAGCAUCUGGACGGCGUGACGGCGCAGUUUGUGAACGAGCAGCGGCUGCGGUGCAAGGACGGGUCGUGGCGGUGGUUCCUGCACCGCGGCAAGCUGCUCUCCAAGACGGACGACGGGGAACCGCUGCGCUUUGUGGGCACGCACACGGACAUCACGGAUAGGAAGGUUGCGGAGCAGGCGAUGAUGGAUGCCAAGGACGAGGCUGAGAGGGUGUCUCGGGCCAAAGCAGAUUUCCUCGCCACAAUGAGCCACGAGAUCAGGACACCCAUGAACGGCGUGGUGGGCAUGACAGCCCUGCUCCUCGACACAGACUUAACCCCCGAGCAGCGCGACCGCGUGGUGACCAUUCGAGACUCGGGAGACAUGCUGCUGCAGAUCAUCAACGACAUCCUCGACUACUCCAAGAUCGAGUCGGGCAAGCUGGACAUGGAGCAGACGCUCUUCAACGUCGUUCAAGCAGUAGAGAGGGUCGCGGAGCUGCUCAUUCACAACGCCGAGUCCAAGGGGUUAGAUAUCGUCAUUGAGAUCGAGCCGGACACGCCCGUGUUCCUGGUGGGGGACGCCGGGCGCACGCUGCAGGUGCUGAUUAAUCUGGUGUCGAAUGCGAUUAAGUUCACUGAGAAGGGGUAUGUGAAGUUUCGGUUGGAGGCGGAGAUCGGCGCGCCGUGCCUGCUGCAGCUUCCCUCCUCCACCUCCGCCUCUUCCGCCGCUGCUGCUGCUGCUGCCGCUGCUGCUGCAGCGGGGGGUGCGGCUGGGUCCCCUUUCAGGGAGUCUCCUGGUGCGAGUGGCACGAACAGUCCCGCGCACGGGGCGUCAGGGAGCAUAGGGGCGGCGAUGCUGGCAGCGCAGCAGGAGGCGCGGGCGGCACGGGCACGCGCGCAGGAGGCAGCGGCGGCACAGGAGGCGGGGGUGCUGUACUGGGUGUGCCACGUCAGCGACACGGGGAUUGGUAUUCCCAAGGAGCGCAUUGGCCGACUUUUCACCAAGUUUUCGCAGGUGGACGCAUCCACAACACGAAGGUUCGGAGGAACAGGGCUCGGCCUAGCCAUCUCAAAGCAGCUGGUGGAGCUGAUGGGCGGCCGCAUCUCAGUGCACAGCGAGUUCCGCCGAGGCUCCACCUUCACAGUGCGCCUGCCCGUCAACACCCACCACCCCGCCUACGCCACCGUCGCCGCGCUCAACCCGCCGCUCCCCACACCCUCCACGCCCUCAGCCCACUCGAGCCACUCCGCGUCGCUGCUCUCCCCGGAGUCCCCUGCUGCGGCCGGCACGCCGUCCAAGGCGCCGCCCUCCUCGUCCGGCCCGCUGCCCGUGCCGCUGGUUGUGCCUCCGGAGUUCCAAUCCAUUCGUGUGCUGCUCGUCAGCCCUCUGGAGGUGACAGUGAGCGCCAUGCAGAAGCAGCUGGAGGCAUGGAAGGUGCCGCACGCGUGCCUCACCUGCACGCCAGAGGAGGCCUUCCUCAAACGCCUCCCGGCCGGCACUCUGCCGCCCUCGCCGCCCCUGCCAGCCGGCCAACCAGCGCCCGGCACGUGGCGAGACGGGUCGGCGCGCAAGGGGCUGGCAGAGGAUUACGAUUUGAUUGUGAUUGACUGCUCCAACAAGCCGCAGCUCAUUGACCCCAUGUCCUCUGCGGUGUUGGAGAUGCUAGGUCGGGAGCGAGUGGGGGUGGUGGUGCUGCUGAAGCGGUCGCAGGUGACGGAGAGGACAGAGGGCGAGCUCAAGGCUGUGCGCUACUGGCGUGACCGCUGCCCCGCCAUGCUCAAUAAGCCCAUGGUGCGCCCCAAGGCACUGCUGGAAGCCAUGGAAUCGGCCAUGCAGAGCACACCGGGCGGCGAGGGGCUGUUCCUGUCGUCGGGGCGGCGCCGGCAGCAGCCGCGGCCCGCUGCUCGGAGCAUGGGGCCCAAGCUGAGUGGCCGCAUCCUGCUGGCAGAAGACAACCUGAUAAACCAGAAGGUGGCCAAGUCGAUGCUGGCACAGCUGGGGGUGAGCAUAGACAUCGCCAACAAUGGCGUGGAGGCCGUCAGCCUCUUCCAGAAGAACAAAUACAACCUCAUCCUCAUGGACUGCCAGAUGCCGGAGAUGGAUGGAUGGGCAGCCAGUCGCAGGAUCAGGGAGCUGGAGGCACAGCAGGCACAGCCAUCCGUCACCAUCGUCGCUCUUACGGCCAACGCUCUCAAGGGCGACAGGGAGCAGUGCCUGGCUGCCGGCAUGACAGACUACAUGUCCAAGCCUGUCAGCAAGGCCGCUCUGGAAAGGGUCCUCAGGCAAUACCUUGACAAGGCAUCAACUGAGGGAGGCGUGAAAUGA